AUGUCUUCAUCCCUAAUUGACCAAUUAAAGAAAACUUGUUUCGAGUUGAAGAAUGUUUGGAAGAAUCCAACCAUGCUGGCUAUCAACCAAGCAGAGCAACAUGUUAAAGGCUUGGAAGAGAUGAUCGAUCACGCUCCAGAGUUUCAAAAGGCUUCUCCAAGUGAAUUACUCAAAACUGUAGGAUAUGAAUUGUGGAAUUUGUGUGUUGAGCAGAGUAAGAAAAAGUUGGGAAAUUCAAAAUAUGAGAGUAGUAUGAAAUUUCAACUUGUGAGAGUGAGAAGAGUUGCUUGCUAUGUGAUUGAAAAAUCAAUCAAGCCUUCACUUCAAACAUUGAAAACUACUCAUGAUAUGAUUAGACUCUACACAAAGACUGCUAGGGAUUAUAUUGUAUUGAGUAAAUCCAAUGAUGUAAAUAUUAAGAAUAGUCAAGUGGAUGAGGAAGGAGAUGUUCAAUUCGUAGAUGCUAAUAGUCAACAACAAGUGGGAAAUACUCAACAGAAUGAGCAUGUAGAUGAUCAGUUUUCCCUUGAUUGUUUCAAUAGAGCAGCUAAUCAAGCAGAAUUAUUCCUCAAGUUGUUAGGUCAGGAAGGAGAUUCGAAUGAUCUUGACAAGUCGACCGAGACUGCCCUCAGUAAUAUUCUCACUCUGUACGUAGAUCGUGCUGAAAGUCACUUUCAAAUUGGAGAUAGUGCUGCUGCCUAUUCUAAUAUUCAAGCAGCCAAGCGUUUGGUAGAGAAGCUUCCUCAUGAAAUUCAAAGAAUUUCAAUGAUUGAGUACAAUUAUGCUGUAGAUCUCAACUCUAAGGAGAGGUAUGAAGAUGCUAUCAGAUGGCUUAAGGAUUCUUUCGAGCUCUAUGAGUUGGAUGAAAAUAAGAACUUGCAAAAACAAUCAAGAACCCUUCGAUUACUCUCCAAUGCCUACUUGGAAUCUAAAAUGUUUGACCAGGGAUUGAACUGUGUUCAAAUUGCAAAUAACAUGUUCAAGACACCACAGGGAAUAUUUCUAGAGGUGAGAUUGUUUGCCAAGUUGAAUAGAGAAGAGGAGGUUGAGAGAACUAUUCAAGAAUUGCUAAGAAAUCCAGAGACUCCUCUUAAUCUAUCUGUUUCAGCUUUAAAGGAUAUUGUAGAACAAGGAUUUAACAAGGUGGCUUUCAAAUGUUACAAAAAGUUACUGGAAGCUGCCAAUGGCUCUGAACAGGAACCAAGAGUAUUGGUCCGUUAUUUUGACUUUCUUGCCAACCACUGUUCUGGAGAUUUGAAUCAAGAUGACAUGUUGAAAAUUAUAGACCGUAUGAUACAUUUAUCACAAUCUUCAUCUUCCAAUAUUACAAUUAUUAAGGAAAGUUUGAAAGAGUUAGAAUGUAUAUUGUGGAAUAUUGCAUGGAAGCACUACCAAAAGAAGGAGUAUCCUCAAGCCAUUGUAUUCUAUAACCAUUCUUUGAAAAUACUUCCUAUGGAUGAGAUGAUUGACAGGGCUAAGGUACUGCGGUCCAUUGCCAGGUGCUACCUGGACGAUAAACAGCUAACAGAAGCCUGUAAAGCUGCAGAGAAUGCAGAACAAUUGGAUCCAAAAUCUCUUCACAGUCACUAUCUCAUGUAUCAAAUUAGUAUCAAGGAGAAUAAUAUUUCCCAUGCCAAAAACUAUCUGAAGAAGAUGAUGCACGAUGAAGAGUUCAAAAACUCCUUCCUUGCCAUCUCUGCUCAUGAUGCCUAUAAGGAAAAUAUCUAUGAUGUUGCAAUAGUAGCCCUCGAGGCCUUGAUGGAAGAGGAGCAAUCUUCAAAUACAAUGUCCCUUGAGAUUAGUCAGAUAUUAAGAACAUUGACCUAUUUGAGUACCUUGAUCAAAGACAAACAAAAAGUGUUAAAGUAUCUCCAAUUGACCAAGGACUUUCUCAACAAGGAGAAUGUGAGUUUCUUUCGUGAGGAAGAUAUGGAAGCAGAGAUUGAAUGGUUCCACAGAGUAGCAUGGAAUCAUGGUGGUGAAAGUGUCAAUGAGGCAGACUAUGAAUCAUCCUUCCAGUUCUACUCACUUGCCUCAGUAUUCUACAAUUACAGAACAGCCAACUUGGAAACCUUCUCCACUCAAAAGUAUUGCUACCUCAUGAAAAUUCACUGUGUCAUUGAGGAGGUAAAGAGCUCUGAAGAAUAUGUCAAUGGUGAGGAGCUUAGUUUGAAGAAUAGGGAAAAGUUGCAAUUGAUGCUUGAUGAAAUCCAGAAUUGCAAAAAGUUGUUAAGUAAGAUUAGUGAGAAGGAAUCUGGUGGAUUGGAAAAGAAACCUGACAAGGUCUACACCUUGCUAUAUUUGGCUGAGCUUCAAAUUCUGGUCAUGUUAAAGUGUGACGAAGUUUUGAUUAUGGAUGUUGUUAGUUCAACUUCAAAAUUGGAUGGUAUUAUCGGUCCAAAUAUUUUCGAAGCUAUGUCCUCAAUUUGUCUAAGCAAUGAAAAGCAAGUCUAUUAUCAAUCUGCCAAGCAUAGUUUGCAAACUGCCUUGAGAAAGGCAAUGCACAACUCCUCACCUAAUUAUAACAAAGUUGUCCACUUAUUCACUAGUCUAAUCCAAAUAUGCAGAACAAGAGAGGAGAGUAUGUCCUUUUUCGAAGAAUUGUUCAAGCUAUUGAAUCAAAUCAAGCCAAAUGAUCACUUUUUGAAAAGCGAACAAAAGCACUUUGUUUGGCUGUGUACCGAGUCGUGGAAUAAUGGUGUCUAUUAUUACAAGUAA